CUCUGUGGAUCAUGAUAGCCGGCUCCCCACUCUGUAUGUGGAGUGAGGCAGCUGCUGCUGUGCUUUGAAACACAGCGAGAGAGAGGAAAAGCGUCCUUAAACGUGGGCUGUUGUGUAAUCCCUCCCAGGGCCCCUUUGCUAUUUUUGUGCCUGGGUCCGCACGUCACGGUUGGGUAUUUUCUCUGGUGACUAGCUCGCAUCAAUAGAUCUUCUAAUGUACACCCAGUCGGCCAGCAGCUUCAUGACUGAUGGGACUUUACCUUGCUAAUUUCUUUCAUUAUUGUUGCCCUGACAUGAGGAGAAUGGAGAAAUGGACUAUGCAGCAUGAGGAAUGUCACAUGUGACUGUCGAUAUGGGACGGGGGACUGUUCAAAUGUCAGAUGACCCUUCCCUGCAAUUCACAUGUAUGUUAAUAUCACUACAGUUGCAUAACAGAUAUUGUCCUUGAAAAUCGAUCGCAAAGGAAGUGACAUUGAAUUCAUGGAGUCUCUUGAAACUACUGCAGGGGUGAAAAGCUCCACUGAGGGUCAGGACAGAAAUGCUGCACAGAAAAAAUGCACAUCAGAGGCUGCACAGAGUAGGAGGAGACCAUCAGUCGAAUUGGAAGGAAAGGGGUGGCACCAACAACGAGAAGAAGCUCAGAGCAGAGACACAUGUGGUUUCAAAGAAAUGUCUGACUCAGGGAAAUCACUGCAAUUAGAAGAUCAGCACUCCAAAACUCAGUCCACAAGCCAUCAAGACUAUGAGGUGUCCUCAUAUCCACUGCAGUCCACAAAGUCGCUUUCUGUUGGCAGACAGAAAGUUUCUGCACAGACUCCAGGACCUGCAUCUCACAGGAAGUCCCCCAGUUCACUUGAAAUCCAGCAACUGUGUUCCCAUUCAGGGAUGGAUCAGCUGUCAGAGACAGCAGGUAAAGUGGAACAGAAACCACAAAAGCCUGGGAAGUAUGUUUGUGAUUACUGUGGAAGGGCAUGUGCCAAACCCAGCGUGCUUAAGAAGCACAUUCGCUCACACACCGGGGAGCGGCCCUAUCCAUGUGUCCCCUGCGGAUUCUCCUUCAAAACCAAGAGUAAUUUAUACAAACACAGAAAGUCCCAUGCUCACUCAGUCAAAGCUGGAACUGUGCCAUUCUCAGAACUUGGUUCUUACAAUGCCAAUACAGACCAGGGGUCCUUUGAAGGAGAAGGAGAGUUAUUCUCUGAUGCUGAGCAAAGCACGGACACAGACGAGGACACUCUUAAUGACCCGCUGCUGCUGCUGGACUCUCCAAUGGAGGGAUCAGAUAACACUGCUGUAAAAGUACUAAAUCUCAUAGCUCAGAAAAAGGGAGCCACGUCAAUGUCAGCUCAGGAUGGUUCAUCCCAACCCCAAGAAAUCAAUGCACCUCCUGCCGCUGCCGAGGCUAGUCGUGCAAUUCAAUCUUGCACAAUCAAACAGAGGCUCGCACUUCGGCUGUCUGAAAAAAGAAGCAGUGACUCUGACCACAAUCUGUCCCUCCCAAGUCAGUCGAGCAAGGGCAGCACGGACUCCGGAUACUUCUCGCGGUCUGAGAGCGCCGAGCACCAGACCGGGCCUCCGAACACCAACGCAAAGUCCUAUCAAGAAAUCAUGUUUGGGAAGUGUUAUCGGCCAAGCCCUAAACAGACGACAGCUUUCGUGGUCUGUAGCACAGAAAGUGAAUAUAUCGGGAAACGCUCGGAGAAAGGUGUUUCCCGUGUUUUCACCCAAGAGAAAGACACUGUUGAGUCCAUCAAAAUAAACACAAAGUCAUUCGCGAGGGAAGAGGUUAAAGAACCCCAGUUAGACGCUGGCUCUGAUGUAGGGCCUCUGAUCAGAAGCAACUCGAUGCCAACAUCCUCAGCAGUCUGUCUGACGAUGCCUCAAGCCCUCAGAGGCAGCCACUCGUUUGAUGAGAGAACAAGCACCGGGGGCAUGAGGAGACUCAGGCGGCAGGCUGCUUUCGAACUAUCCGCCCAUGAUGGCCAUGCAGACGCCGACAGCCACGGAAAGAUGAGUGAGAGCAGCGUUUCACCCUCAGGAUUGGAAAUGGAAAAUUACCCGUCUGCGGCGCCCAGUAUGAGCCAUCAGCGACAUGCAAUGGAACUGGCAACACGGAAGCGCCGGAAAGAGAAGAGGGAGGAGGAGGAUUUGCCAGGUCAUUAUGAGGUCCAUCAUGAGCAGUGUGAAGAAAUGUUUGACUCGAGCAAGGACUAUGAUGUAAAACAAGCUGCUGUGGGCAUUAUGGCUUUAGGGAAAGGACUUUCUCAGUGUGACAUGGAUAUAUCAGUGAGUCCUGAAAUGUCUGGUCGAAAAGCCUUAGGGAAUGUAAUUUCAGUGAUUCAGCACACAAACUCAAUAAACAGGCCUCACUCUGACCAGUCAGAAUCUUACAAAUAUCACAGCCAGAGACAGGAAAGUAUUUCUUCAUAUCAAGCUAUGGAGGCUAGUGACUCAUUCGAGAUGGAACGGAGUGACAGUAGAUUAAGGCAAUCAGUUCAGAUGGGGCCAAAGCUUGUGCGGCAGCCCAACAUUCAAGUCCCAGAAAUCAGGGUCACAGUAGAGCCUGAUAGUCCAGAAAAAGCUCCAGAGGUGCAGGUGAAGGAGCCUGAGAAGCACGUGGAGGAAUUUCAGUGGCCUCAACGGAGUGAAACUUUAGCACAAUUCCCUCCAGAGAAGCUCCCUCCAAAGAAGAAAAGGCUACGCUUAGCUGAUAUUGAGCACUCCUCUGGUGAAUCUAGUUUUGAGUCUGCCUGCACCAGUCUCUCACGCAGUCCCAGCCAAGACAGCAACUUAUCUUAUAGCUCCACCUUCUCCUUUGACAGGGAAGAGAGCCUGAAGUCGGUCUCUCCAGCCAGGCAGGAUGAAUUUGGCAAACCGCUGGAGCUCCUAGCUGUGCCAGGGAGUGGGCACUCCCUCUCGGUGCUCAACCAGCGUCAACAACAUGAAAUGAGACGCUCCUCCUCGGAGCAGGCACCGUGUAACUUGCGCAAGGAGUUCCCAGAGGUACGCAGCAUAUCAUUUGACUAUGGCAGCCUUUCUCCGACAUCCAAAGUUAGACACGUGGACAUGAGUGCUGUGAAGGAGAGGAGGAGGGGGAACUUGGUGCGACAGGAGUCAUUGAAUAUGGAUACUGAGGUAACACAAGUCCCAUCACAAGUGUUUCCACAGUACCUCAGCAGCACCUCCCCUCCAUUCACUGUUCUGCCGCAGACUUUGCCAAUAUUUUCUACAGGGAAUACAUUUCCCCAACUGUCACAUCCAAGCCUGCUGGUUCCUGUUAGGAUUCAGACUCAUGUGCCGUCCUAUGGCAGUAUCACGUACACCUCAGUGUCGCAGAUUUUCGACAAUCAGUAUGGCAGUGUUAGCUCCACAACGCCCACCCUUCAGAACCAAACUUCACGACUGUCUGGAAACCCUGAUUCUCAUAAUGUAUUAGCUUAUACAAAACCGUCUUCAACGCACACCCUCAGUGUUGAAGCCCUCGAUCUGUCGUCGGCUAAGCUGAAGACAGGCAUCCCUCUCUCUCUGACCUCCAGAACCAUCUCAACCACUAACGCCUCCAGUGGUGGCGCUAACAAACGGAUGCUGUCCCCUGCCAGCAGCCUGGACCUGUUCAUGGAGGUCAAGCAGCAAAAACGUGUGAAAGAGGAAAGAAUGUUUGGGCAGAUUGUAGAGGAGCUGAGUGCUGUGGAGCUGGGAAAAUGUAAUUUGAGCGAAGAGAAGGGGCACAGGUCAGAGAUGCAGGGCACAUCAACACCUCAUGCUCAGGAUGACUCACGUAGGAGUAAAUUUAUCACACUUCAGCAAAAAGCGACUGAGGCCACUGACCACGGCGUCGAGUCAGCUAUGGAAAGCAGCUCCCUGGAAACGAGCUCGCCUCCUUACUCCAUGAUAUCAGUCAACGAAGUGAAAGAAGUUGGCAUGGAGAAACGGGUGCAGAUGGACAUGGCGGCACAGCUGGUUACCAGUCAAGACAUCCUGAUCUCAGAUGCCGAGCAUUCGAGGCUGUUAUCUCAGUUUCCAAGUCUUCGCACGACGACAGGUGUGAGCUGGUGUUAUCUCAACUACACCAAGCCGAGCUGCUCCCACAGCAACGCCCCGUUCGCCUCCGUGUACGCCACCUGGUGUGUGAGUUCCCACAACCCGAACCCACUUGAACUGAGUACCAGCACUGCUCUGGCUCUGCUGAGGUCCAAACAGAGGGGAGACAAUGUUAUUUACACCGUGGCUGCCAUGUGUCAGCCUGGCACUGGGAAACUGGUGUCAUCCCUCAUCCUGUGGAGGCAGACCAUGGAACAGCUGCAGAGGAAACCGGAGCCCAAAGAGGUGGACAUCACCUACGGGAAGAAGGUGAAAGACAUCAGCUGCAGAGUGAAAACUGCCAAGGAGGAGUGGAAAGAGAGGGAGGCUUCCACAACCCAAACAGUGCCAACACGAAUUAAGAUCUUCGAGGGAGGGUAUAAGUCUAAUGAAGACUAUGUAUAUGUCAGAGGUCGAGGACGGGGGAAAUACAUUUGUGAGGAGUGUGGCAUCCGCUGUAAGAAGCCAAGCAUGCUGAAAAAGCACAUCCGCACCCAUACAGACGUGCGACCGUACAUCUGCAGGGUUUGCAAUUUUGCUUUUAAAACUAAAGGAAACCUGACUAAACAUAUGAAGUCAAAGGCGCACAUGAAGAAAUGUCUUGAACUGGGAGUAUCGGUGACGAUGGAUGAGACGGAAAUACAGGAACAUGUGGACGACAUCCAACAAGAGUCGAAGGCAGAGGUGACUGCGACGACAAAACAUCAGUUCUCAGAUGCCGAGGACUCUGAUGGCAUGGAGGAGGAAGUCGACGAAAUCGAUGAGGAUGACGACGAGGAUGAUGAAUACGAGGGCGAUUCCACUCCGAAAUUGCGAUCAAGAAGUACCAGUCCUCAGCCGUGUGGAGUUACGUCUCUGUCGGUUACAGCCACCGCCGCCAUCCACGGCUGCUCCCUCACCUCUCUGCCCGGAGUUGACGUCCGUCAACAGCCGUCCAGCCGGCGUUUGGGCUCCGACCAUCAACCCGUCCUGACAUCUGACCAGAGAGAGAAGUCAGUGGAUGAAGACUCCCUUACCAUGCUGUCUCCAGAGCAGAGCAGCUUCCUCUUUGACCCUUACUCUUCUUCUCUGCUCUCCCCUGGCUGGGAGUCUCCGAUCAGGGAGCCUUCGCCGUCGCGUCUGCGUUACCCGUCCCCGAGGCGAGAGCUUUCUCCGAGAGGUCGCUCCUCCCCCAGAUGGGAUACGUCUGCGCUGAGGCCUGGCUCGCCCAGCUUCACACCCAUCCAGCACCCAUCACCAGUGUCCAUCGAGCGACCAUUGUCUCCUGGAACGGAGCUGGCUGGAAAGCGAGAGUCCUCAGUCCGAGGCAGGCAGAGGGUUGUGCUCAGGGCUGUUUCACCGCGUAGAGGCUCCCACCAACAUAAAGGCAGCGGCGAUAAAACCAGACAUCAAGCAAAGAUGGAGAUGGCUCAACAACAAGGAACCUUUGAAAUGGAAAUGGAUCAAAGGAGCAGCUUGGCUUCCACUCUGCCUGGCGCUGCCAGUUCUCAUCAGCAGAACAUCUUCAGCCACCUCCCUCUUCACUCCCAGCAGCAGGCCCACAGUUUGCUCCCCGUCGUUCCUGUCGGAGGCCUCCAGAUGUUGCACUCCCCGCCUUCCUCCAGCACUGAUGUCAGCCCCUCGUCGGCGCCGAGCCCCCAGAGCAGCGAGGGCCAGCGCUGCAGCAGCAGGGAGGGAUCAGUCCACGGGCCCGAGACGGGAGGCGAGGACCAGCUGUCCUGCCAUCCGGCCGCUCAGGAGAAAAGUCCCGAACCCGGAGUCGGGGACAGCAGACAGGAGGAGAACGUCCAGACCUGCUUGAAAGCCAUCGCCUCGCUGAAGAUCACCACAGAGGACCCUCAUUAAAACCCCCGUUUCCGUCUUCUUGAUUCGAUUCAGGAACAGCUGCCUCCCUGCUACACAAAGUCAUCUUCAGCCCUUUAGGCACAUAACCUCAUCUUUAUCCCAUUAGAGGCAAUAUAAGAACACUUCCUCUGGUCUUGCACAUACAACAGACAACUUCUUUCAAACAUGAGUGGAGCUCAGACCUUCACCGUGAAGAAGAAGAAACCCACCCUGUCUGAUGUGCUCUUGUCUUUCGAGGAUGUCUGAAACUAUUGGACGAGCAGUGGGAUGUUUUUGCAAAGGUGGAGAAUCAUUAUUGGGUACAGGUGCAAUAUGGAAAGAUAUUAUGCUAAUAUGCCUUUGUCUGACAUAGUAGUUUGCGUACAAUUGCACAUAAAUUAUAUUUAUGGAUUCUGUACAAAUGUCCUUAACAUAUACUCCUUCUUAGAUGCAUACAAACAGUGUAUUUUACUGUGUGUACUUUGAAAAUAGACUGUUGUUUAUGUAAUCAUAUCAAGGUGUGAUGCAGUAGUGCAGUAAAUAAAGACUAUUUAUAAGGGGAAAAGUAUGUGUAUAACGAAACAGUCUGACCAAAUUUUAAGUAGACGCUUCUUGUGCAGUUUGGUGCUUCUGAUCAAGCGGCAAGGGUCUGUGCCUUUAUUUUGCUUUUCAUCAUUUCUUUAUCGAAAAGGUUGUUGUCGAAUAAGGAAAUAUGUCGAGGUACUCUUUACUCAGAAGUGUCUGCGCUUUCGGAGAGUUUGCUCAAAGAAAAGCUUUUUCUUUCUUUCUUUUUGGUUCUGUCGGUUUUGCUGACGGACGGAUGCAGCUUGAUUUAUGUGAAACAAUCUUAAAAAAAAAAAGUUUCCUAUGUUGCAUUUUUUCUUAAUGUUGUGAUUUUUAUCUUGGUAAAAAUGCAUGGGAUUUGCUUUUGCACAAAAAUAGAGGAAGUAAUUAUGUAAUUAUGAAUACUGUAAGAUGUAUUUAUAUAUUAGAACGUAAGCACUCAUUGAUACUGGUAAAUAUUUGACUACUAUUUAUAUGGUAUAUCUGUACUUAUGCAGCAGUGAUGCAGUUAUGCAGUGAGCCACGCUGGCAUUCGCUUUUGAUCUCAUGUCUUUGCUUUGAUUAAACAGACGGCUUUUAUUCUCGCUUAUACAGAUGACCAUAAGCAUUUUAUGAGUUUUUAAAGAUGCACUUUCAUCCUUUCAUCUUUGAUGUUUUUUAACUGACGUGGUCAGUGGUAAUGGAGGAGUAAAAAAACAAAACAAAAGAAAACAAAAAAACAUGUUACGUUCUCUUGUGGUUUUAAAACAUUCCAGUUGUUUUUCACGUUUCUCAUUGUGUGAAACAUGUUGCACACAAAUCCAAGGGGCUACGAUGAUCAGUCAAUAGUACGUUUUUCUUGCAUUUCAAAUGUAACUGGAUAAAAUCAAUAUCACUUACUGUAAGUAAUACUAAAGUAACGAUGUUAACAGCAUGAGUUGGUUGACUAUUACUGUGCUUAAGCUCAAAAUGUAAGUAAUCAUUCACCAAAUGCAUUACUUCUUCUCUGUAUAUAUCUGUGUAUUUUUAUGAUUUAAACUAUUUUUGCAGUGUUGAAUUCUGAAAACUUUUUAUGUGGAUUGUUUAUAUCUCUCUAAGAGGUAAAAUGUCUACAGUUGCUGUAAUGGCAGAGGUUUAAUGAGGGCGAAAAUAGCACAGUGUUGAUCGCCAACACGGUGUGUCUCAUCUUUAAAAAACAAAAAAAUGUAUACACGUCUGCAAGUGGUUCUGUUAUCAGUUUGAGAAUGGAUUUCAAAAUUUAAAAAAAAAAAAACACUUUGUUCACUCAUGUUUACAUAAAAAAUUUAAAAGGUGCACUGCUUUAAUUUUUGUGUUUCCCUUUCUGAAGAUGUAUGUAGCUUUGAUUUCACGGUUGUAUAAAUUUUAUUUGUCGUGAUUAACGGUGCAGAAUGCUCAUAAAAUGUGAAGGGAAAGUGAAGCCUUUUAUUUUGCUUUUGCAUACAGUAUGUAUUCAGAUUGUGUUUGUGUUCUGUUUUUUAUUGUGUAUUCAUAUUUACUGAACUGCAUUGUGCCUCUCAUGUCUAUGGAAAUUCCCUGUAAAACACACAGAGGACAAAUCAUUUUACCUCUCAGCUAAGAUUUUUUGAGGGAAAAAGCCUCAGUAGCCAAUCCGUUGUUUAGCUAUUUGCAUCAAAAACUGGUUAGUCAGGAUGGAGUGCCUCUUUUAUGCUAUGAGGAAUUUAUUGUUUGGUGCUCUACUUUUUCAGAUUAAAUUCAAAAUUGUUUUAAAAAGAAUAUACUUCUAACCCAA